AUGCCUCUCGACGGGGUGAAGAAUGUUGUGCUGGUCCUCUCGGGCAAAGGCGGCGUCGGCAAAUCCAGCGUAACCCUGCAACUCGCCCUCGCGCUCACCCUGCAAGGCAAAUCCGUUGGUAUCCUGGACAUCGAUCUCACCGGCCCUUCAAUCCCACGAUUAGUCGGUCUCGAAGACGCAAAAAUUACCCAAGCGCCAGGCGAAGGUGGAAGCGCCAUAAAACACGGCUCUCUCCGCUGCAUGUCCCUCGGCUUCCUUUUACGUUCCCGGUCCGAUGCCGUAAUCUGGCGCGGGCCCAAAAAGACAGCCAUGAUCCGCCAAUUCCUCUCCGAUGUGCUGUGGAAUGAAACUGAUUACUUGCUUAUUGAUACGCCUCCCGGAACUAGUGAUGAGCAUAUUGCUCUUGCGGAGCAGCUCUUGACGCUUUGUACGAUCGAUGCUUCCUCUGCAACUGGAAUGCCUCGACUGGCUGGUGCGGUACUGGUCACUACACCACAGGCGGUAGCAACGUCUGAUGUACGGAAGGAGGUGAAUUUCUGCGUUAAGACGAGGAUUCCGAUGCUGGGGGUGGUGGAGAAUAUGUCUGGUUAUACGUGUCCGUGCUGUGGGGAGGUGACGAACCUGUUCUCGAGUGGUGGGGGGCAGGUUCUGGCAGAAGAGAUGGGUGUAAGGUUUUUGGGAAAGGUGCCCGUUGACGUUGGGUUUGGGGAGUUGGUGGAGGGGAAGAUUGGUGGGGAGGAGGAUAGUGAGGAUGAGGAUGAGGAUACUAAUGGGGAGAAGAAGGAGGAAGAAGAGAAGGAUGAGAGGCCGCUAGUGGAAAGGUAUCGGGAAUGUUGGUCGUAUGCGCGGUUCGAGGACUUUUCGAAGACGUUGAUUGCGGAGAUUGAGGGGCAAUGA